CGGUAAGUAAAGUAGUUUUCAAUAAUCCUUUUCCAUCUUUUGAUGAAAUCAAACACAUCCAUAGGUGUACACACAGACAUUUUUCACACUAAUAUACAGUAUCUUCAGCAAAAAAUGUAAAUGCAAGCAUAUGUAUGUCAACUACCAAUAUCAAAACUAUGCAAAACAUUCAUACUCAACAUUAGAUACUUCGUACGUAUUGUCCAAUAAACCAUAACAUGAUUCUAACCAAGUUGUCGGCCGCAAAAAUAAUAGUCACUAAAUAGUGUUAUUUCACUUAGUGAUACACUAACUCACCAUACACCUCUUUUUUAAACAUUAUAUAAUUUAAUUUACAGAAAAAAUUAAGUAAUAUUUCAAUAUAAAAACAUCAAAAAUAUUGUAAAGAAUCAACACAAGACAGCUAUUCACUCUUUGUUAAAAUAAAACAAUCACAAUUAGCUCAGCUGACUGCCGAAACGACGAAACUCAAACAGCUGACUAUUCUUUAUAGCAUAUUCUUGAAUAGCGGAUUCUCCUUGAACUAAAUUCGAAUUAUAAUCAUCUGAUUACAAUUAUUUUUUCAAGGAAGACAAAAACACAUAACACAUAACCUGCAAAAUAUUCAGAUUUUUCAAUAGUAUUUUGAUAUAAUUCAACUUCAAUUUAAUUCCGUCAACAACUAACCUAAAGAUGUCCCUUUUUUUAAAAGAAAUAUUGAUCAACAAAGUAAAAUCGUCAAAUGGGUUGCUGAUUCUAUCAAGAUCAAUGCAGACUGUAAAACCUCACGUACCCAUGAUUCAAUUCAGAAAAGGUGGGGGUCGUAAUAGUGGUCAGAGCUCAUCAUCACCUGCUCCGACAGCGAACUCAUCCAAGCCAGGACAAGUGCACGCUCGUCCCACCAUCGAAGAUUAUCAGUUACCUCACAGAUAUCGCAGACAGCAAAUGGACGAGAAGGAAAUUGAGGCAGUAAAUAGUGGCGUCUGCCUGUUCUAAUACCAUACUAUAAAUUGUCUGGAUCAGUUGUAAAUUAUUAGUCAUUAUUUUCUGUCGAGUUUAGUCUAAUGAUAAAAAAUGUAAGAUAUUUUAAUUUUGUGUUGUGAUACAAUGAAAACGAUUCUAUUUAAAAAAUAAAUAUUUGUGUUGUCUUCAAA